GAAGAACAGGAAAGUUAAUAUUCACGGAGUUUUCCAGGCUGGUCUCACAGUCCUGGCUCUGUAUCUGCUCUGUUCCUGAACUCCCAAAUGCUCUAUGGGCAGCAGCCUUCUCAGAGCCAUGGGAAACAUCCUCAGGAUGCGCACUGGGAAAUGAACCUGCCUCGAGAAGUUACUCAUUGGCUUCCACCCCUCACUUGAACACAGCAGUGGACACGGACACCUCGCAGUCGUCUCAAACCAUGAAUUAUGUGGGUCAGCUGGCCGGGCAGGUGCUUGUCACUGUAAAGGAACUAUACAAGGGCAUUAAUCAAGCCACCCUGUCUGGGUGCAUCGAUGUUGUCGUGGUACGGCAGCAGGAUGGCACCUAUCAGUGUUCACCUUUUCAUGUACGGUUUGGGAAGCUGGGAGUCCUGAGAUCCAAAGAGAAAGUGAUUGAUAUAGAAAUCAAUGGCAGUGCAGUAGAUCUUCAUAUGAAAUUGGGUGACAAUGGAGAAGCUUUCUUCGUGGAGGAGACUGGAGAAGAAUAUGAAAAGCUUCCUGCUUAUCUUGCUACCUCACCAAUUCCUACUGAUGACCAGUUCUUUAAAGAUAUCGACACUCCUUUGGUGAGAGAAGGUGGAGAUGAAAGAACAUCUCAGAGUUCAGACAUUACACACAUCUUGGAAACGGAGACUGUUUUCACUCCAAGUUCUGUGAAAAAGAAAAAACGAAGGCGAAAGAAAUGUAAACAGGAUAGUAAGAAGGAAGAACAGGCUGCUUCUCCUAGUGCAGAAGAUGCAUGUGAUGUGGUCGUGAGCUCUGAUGAUGAGAAGGGAGCUCAAGCAGCAAGAGGAUCUACAAAUGCUCCCUUAAAGGAAGAAGAAUAUAAAGAACCUUCCCUCUUCCAUUCUGGAGAUCACUACCCCUUAUCUGAUGGAGAUUGGUCCCCAUUAGAGAGCACCUAUUCCCAGGCCUUAUGUCCUAAGAGUGAUUCCGAGUUGGAGGUGAAACCUGCUGAGAGUCUGCUCAGAUCUGAGUCACACAUGGAAUGGACGUGGGGUGGAUUUCCAGAGUCCACUAAGGUCAGCAAAAGAGAAAGAUACGACUAUCAUCCACGAACAGCUACAAUUACACCUUCAGAAAAUACCCAUUUUCGGGUAAUUCCCAGUGAAGACAGUCUCGUAAGAGAAGUUGAAAAGGAUGCUAAUGUGGAAGACACUGUGUGUACCAUAGUGAAACCCAAACCCAGAGCUUUGUGUAAGCAGAUGAGUGAUACAAAUGCAGAACUUCUCCAGUCUCCUCUUGAGACACCUCGGAUUUCAUCUAUGUUAGAUGCAGACCACCUUCCUAGUCCAUCCCUACCAGAGGCUCCCUCGGAACCCAAGCCAGCAGCUAAAGUAGACUCACCAUCAAAGAAGAAAGGUGUCCACAAGAGAAGCCAGCACCAGGGCCCUGAUGAUAUUUACCUUGAUGACUUAAAGGUUCUAGAACCUGAAGUUGCAGCUCUCUAUUUCCCUAAAAGUGAAACAGACCCAGGCUCUCGUCAGUGGCCUGAGUCUGACACACUGUCUGGCUCCCAGUCACCUCAGUCUGUGGGCAGUGCUGCGGCAGACAGCGGCACCGAAUGCCUCUCGGACUCUGCCAUGGACUUGCCGGAUGUCACCCUCUCCCUUUGUGGGGGCCUCAGUGAGAACGGAGAAAUUUCUAAAGAAAAAUUUAUGGAGCAUAUCAUUACUUACCAUGAAUUUGCAGAAAACCCUGGACUUAUAGACAAUCCUAACCUUGUAAUACGGAUAUAUAACCGUUACUAUAACUGGGCUUUGGCUGCUCCCAUGAUCCUUAGUUUGCAAGUAUUCCAGAAGAGUUUGCCUAAGGCUACAGUUGAGUCCUGGGUUAAAGACAAGAUGCCAAAGAAAUCUGGUCGCUGGUGGUUUUGGCGUAAGAGAGAAAGCAUGACCAAGCAGCUGCCAGAGGCCAAGGAAGGAAAAUCGGAGAUGCCACCAACCAGUGAGCUGCAAUCAAGUACUAAGGAGCCAGCCAGUGCCAGGCCGGCCGAGGAUGACACAUCCAGUGACGAGGGAUCACAGGAGCUGGAAGAAACAAUCAAAAUGGAUACUCUCCCCACAGAGACCCUGAGUCAUAGCAGCAUGACUUCAUAUAAGAAGUCUCUCCGACUCUCCUCAGACCAGAUUGCAAAACUAAAGCUCCAUGAUGGCCCCAAUGAUGUUGUGUUUAGUAUUACAACUCAGUAUCAAGGUACUUGCCGCUGUGCAGGAACCAUUUACCUGUGGAACUGGAAUGACAAGAUCAUCAUUUCCGAUAUUGAUGGGACAAUUACCAAGUCUGAUGCUUUGGGGCAGAUUCUCCCACAACUGGGUAAAGACUGGACUCAUCAGGGUAUAGCAAAACUCUACCACUCUAUCAAUGAGAAUGGCUACAAGUUUUUAUAUUGUUCUGCCCGUGCUAUCGGCAUGGCUGACAUGACUCGUGGCUACCUGCACUGGGUCAAUGACAAGGGCACAAUCUUACCCCGGGGCCCUCUGAUGCUGUCCCCCAGCAGCUUAUUCUCUGCCUUCCACAGGGAAGUAAUAGAAAAGAAACCAGAGAAGUUUAAAAUUGAAUGUCUCAAUGACAUUAAGAACCUGUUCGCUCCGUCCAAGCAGCCCUUCUAUGCUGCCUUUGGAAACCGUCCCAAUGAUGUCUAUGCUUACACACAAGUUGGAGUUCCAGACUGUAGAAUAUUCACUGUGAACCCCAAGGGUGAACUAAUACAAGAAAGGACCAAAGGAAACAAGUCAUCGUACCACAGGCUGAGUGAGCUUGUGGAACAUGUGUUCCCACUUCUCAAUAAGGAACAGAAUUCUGCCUUUCCGUGCCCAGAGUUCAGCUCCUUCUGCUAUUGGCGAGACCCAAUCCCUGACGUGGACCUGGAUGACCUGGCCUGAAGUGUGGCACAUCUGACAAAAGUAGGGCUACAGUCAUGUGCCUCCAGCAGAGGAGGUGACCAGCCCUCUUGCAGACUAGCAGCUAGCUAGCAGCUGGGCACUUGCGUUCCAUAGCAAGGACAGGGGCUUGGAGCUGGUACUCUGGUCCUCCUGCACCUUCCCAGACACCACUGCUCGGAGCUCACAGGAGAAGUGAGGGACUCCUAAGUUACAGGUCUGUGCACUGCCAUCCAUGGGCCCUUGAUGCUGCCCUCCAAGCUGUGUGCUGGACAGUGCUUCAACUGCAUAACUUGAAGAAAAAAGAAUCUGAAAAAGAAUGGACCAACACAGUAUACAAAGUAAAAUGUUAUAAUUUCUACUAGUCAGAUGAGAUUGUUUCUAUGACCAGGGCUUUCUUCAAAGGGUCAGGGCCCGUUGAAUUACCAAAGUCCAGUUAGUGAUGGCCACCACUUGUGCACAUCUCCUUUGGGCUCCAUUCCUGCACACUGAGGUGGAGUGGUUCUUUGAUGUGCAAAGUUGGACAGACCCCAGGAUACAUGCAGGCCAGUGGCCUCAAUGUGGGCUUCCAGAAAUGAAAUUCCCUUGAGUCAUUAUUUUCUCAUCUGUGAUUACUUCACAAUGAGAAAUCUUUAAAUUAUUUCUUGGAUCUAGCCAGAAGAACAGGUCUAUAUUUGAUUCAAGGCUGUGUCUGGUGUCUGGAAUAAUGGUGGGAGGUUGGGGUUUAAAGCAAACAAAAAGCAACAACUGUGUCUCAGAACUAUUGAUAUACAAUUGCAUUGGGUUCUGGGAAUAGCCCUUUUCUCUGUCCCUCUGCCUAUUGUCUAGUUUAGGUGGGCCUAUAACUAUCCUUGGGAACAGAUGUCUGCUCUUCUGUGCUUCAGAUUUGUUGAGGAAGCUCAGUUGAUGCUUUUCUAUAAGCCAUUGACAUGCAGUAUGGGCUUUGGCAUUUGGAAUCAUGACCCUGUAAGUAACUCCAUGGAAACCAUGCUAGAGAAGGGGGUCAUUGAGCAGCCAGUAGGUCAUCAGUGUCUCCAACCCAUUAGUCUGAAUCUUACCAGCUGGGACACUUGUAUGCUCAGCAGUCAGAAGCUGCCGUAUGAAACCUAAUGGGACAUGGGGACAUUAAGAGAAAAACAGCUUUGUUUACUGGCCUGGUUGUAGUGAGCUCACGUCAGACGUCUUGAGUAGAUAGCACAAGGGGAGGGUCUUAUUUUUGUAAGCCCCUCUAGAAUUCGUGGUCAACGAAUGUUUUCAGCUUUCUCACUAACAGCAGGAGAACUGUUAAAGAGGAGACUUUUGGGGGACCUGAAAAGGCCACUGGUCAGUCCUCCUCUGAGGAGAAGGCAGGAAGUAAAGGUUCCUGAACUGAACGGGUGCUGCAGAUAACAACUCAACACAGAAUGGUUUUGUUUUCAAUUCUGCAGUGUGGCUGACCUUUUCUUGUUUGGUUUGCUUUACCCAAGACACUGCUGAUGCAGAGUUGAAGAAAUAAGGUUGCUUGUUUUUCCAGAUUGGAGAGUUGAGCAUCCUGCCUAAGUUUAGCCACUUUCCUAGUACAGUUAGAUGCAGACAGUGUUGAAACCCUGGAAACAGAAUUCUAAGGGUAAGCCCUGGAGGUGCAUGCUCCCAAAAGGACAGCACAAGCUUUCUCUGGUAUGAACCUUCCCCGUAUAUAGUUAACAAAGAUUACUUGUUUAAUUAGUUUAUUUUUGUUAGGUAGGGAACUGAAGUUGUUUGUGUGAAGUUCUGGCCAAUUAAGAUUCUAGUAGAGCAGUCACAUGGCUGCCUUAUCCAUAGAUGCCAUCAGCAUGCCCUCUCACCGCCUUUGAUUUAAGGGAAUGAAGAGCUUUGUGAGCUUAACCUGAGCUUAGUAGGACCUCUUGCAAAUGUGCAGUACAGAAAAAUCUUAGCAUACACCCAUUAGUCCCUUUUAGGUUAUCCUUUAAAUAGUUUUUGACUAGUUUGUUUCCUUUCUUUGACGGGCUCUUUGGACACACAGGCCUUCUCAGAGGAUCUAGCUUAGGAAUUGGCUCUCCCAGCCCAUGUGGAGGGCGGGUGGUCCUUCUGUCCCAGUGUCCAUCAACCCUAGACUUUGUCGCUGCAGGUUGAUCCAGUGGGUACUUAGGCUAAUGAAUGUAAAUCUUUUUCCUUGUUUAAAGGAGUCCUUCUUGCUGAAAGUAGAUUAUUACUAUCGCUGUAGUGUUAUGGAAGUAUUAAGUUUGUGCUGAAAAUCCAUUGCCAUUUGGUACAAAUGACAUUUGUUCUUUCUGUGAAAGAGAGAUGCCCUCAAGUGUGUUUGCACACAAACCCUUAGGAUAGAGAUAGAGCAUCACCCUCACACUGUCUUCAGUGACGGGUGGUGUUGCAGGGACAAUGCAGCAAGUGGGCUCUUCUAUGUCAUAUUGUCAGUUGUUCUAUAGGCCCUUUCCCUCCUAGUUCAGUCUAACGUUAGUGUUUGCUUUGCUGUCAUGUGUUGAAGCGUGUUCUGUGGAAGCUGACAUCCCCUCUCAGGCUGUGCGGGGUGCACAUGUGGAUUUCAAACAUGCUAACAGCCCCAUCAUCAGUACCACGCUUCCCUGUUGAACACAUCUGCAGUUUUCAACUGGAAAAGGAAAUAAAACCUAGUAAUGUGAUGUCUUAAAACAAAAGCUGCUAAAAAUUGUAAGAGCAACCCAAGAAGAGCUAAGUGACUGGAAAGGGUUUCUGCUCUGAUCAGCCCACUUUCCUGUGGCUGCACAGCCUUCUGUGGUUGCCUUAGUUGGUAUAGCCAGGCCUUCACAAGAAGAAACGGUUAGGAAGAACAUAAACACUUUCUCUUUUGCAAGUGGGUAAGAACAGUUUCUUAGCGUUUCUAGUAUCCUCAUCUUUACUGUGGGGAGCCUUGUUUCUACAUGUUUUAGAGCAUGCUGGGUUCAUUGUAAAACUGGUUAACCAUUUUUUUCCAGGUGAAAACUACCUUUUUGGUUUGGUUUGAAGGUUUAAAAAAAAAGGGAAGGGAAAACUUUGUUCUUUUAAUAAUUACGUUCAGCUGAUGAAGUAUUUGAUUAUUAGACAGCAAUGUCACUAAUAAGUUUUAAGUUGUCAGAAAUUGUGAACAGUACAGUAUCUUAGUCAUGGUAAAGAUGUCUUCAAAUAAAUGGCUCAUAUUUUGGUGCAGUGUUUGAUGUUCAAAACAAAACGUUACAAUAAUAAACAUAAACUAUA